AUGUUCAAACUCCAUUUACUGCUUCUUCCUCUGCUGGUGGGAUGGUCGAAAGCGCAAGCUGUCGUAAAUGGUCAAAUAUGGACACCAGGCAUCGUUUUGGUAGAUGCGCCCCAGCCGAACACACCGUUGGGUGGUGAUAAGCUACAUGUCGCGCUCGAUGUCACCUCGAACGGCCAACUGCAACUCCCACCGUACCCUUCGAACCCUACAUCUGCGAUUCACAACAUCACGAUCUUCCUCUCGAGCUAUGUGACCGGAAAGAACUUCACGGUGUCAAAUGGCACCGCAGGUGCCGGUAACGCGAGUUUGGGAGAGAUCAUGGCUCAGGAGCCUUCGAGCACAGUGAAGCACAUAAAUUGGAUGUGGCCGGACUGCUUGGUUGGCGACGGAAAUCCUGACGGAUCAAACAGUUCUCGAGGAGCUUACAAUAUCUCAAUCCGACAAAACUUUCGCAUGAACGGGUCGGAACUUUACACAAUAUUCGACCUGCCGAUUGCAGUGACCAACAGCAUUCCCGCCGAUGUAGCUCGUCCUUCUUGCGAUAGCCUCAACAAUCCAAUGCUCGAUCAAGCCACCUUAGCCGCCUCUGCUAAUACCUUUACUCGAAUUGCUGGAACCAUAAUCGAGACAAACGGGCAGGGUUCUGGAUUAGGAGGUAGCAAGCCGGGAGCUUCUGCUCAAAACGGGCUGGGAGCUGCUGGUACGACUGAUUGGCAUACAAAUGUCCAUGCUUUGUGGAUUGGUACAUUAGGGCUCUUCUUGCUCUGGUAG